CAUUAUCUUUGUCACUCCGCUUUGGACUCAGUGUCGUUAUGUUGCUGUUGACGUAUUUACUUAUAUUUGGAUUUAUAUCUUGUCUAGAUGGAAAAUUCAGAUGUGACUAUAAAUAUUUUAAUGAAACUGAGGGCUACUUAAAACUACACAGGGUGCCGGCCAAUUGGCACGAGGCCAGACUGCGAUGCCAUCUUGAAGGUGCGAAAUUAGCGUCCCCCCUUAAUGAAAAACUGAAAUCUGCAAUGAAAGAUCUGAUGAAACAAGAAAAUACACUGAAAUGUAUCUUCACUGGAAUACAUAGCAUUUUCUCGAGAGGCGAUUUCCAUUCUGUUGAAGGCGUGCCUUUAUCAAAGAUUCCACACAAUUGGGCAGAGGAUGAACCCGAUAAUUAUGAAGAUAAUGAAAGCUGUCUCCUGAUGUUAUCGACCGGAUUGUUAGCUGAUGUUAAUUGUUCUGAACCCUUGCCUUAUAUGUGUUACAAGAAAAUCACGAAACGUUUACAUCUUAAUAGUUGCGGAACUAUCGAUCCUGAGUACCAAUUAGACCCUAGAACUGGAAGCUGUUAUAAGUUUCAUAGAGUUCCUCGGACAUGGUCACGUGCUUACAUGACCUGCACCGCUGAAGGAGGCCACUUAGCGAUUAUCAACAGCGAAACCGAAGCUCAGGUGAUUAAAGAUAUUUUUGCCAAAAACCCUGGUAGUUCCAUGGUAGGUAAUUUCUGGAAAGAUGUAGCUUUUAUGGGAUUCCAUGAUUGGGGAGAACACGGAGAAUUUUUGACGCUUGAGGGUCACACACUUCUAGAGGCUGGCUAUGAUAAGUUUUCACCCGGAGAGCCUAAUAACGCAACUACGGGGGAAUUCUGCGGUGCAGUCUAUCGUAAUGGGAUGCUCGAUGAUUUGUGGUGUGAGAACAAGUACGCGUUCAUCUGUGAGAAGGAUGUAGAUAGUCUUUUAUGUGAAAUGGAUGACUAAAUUGCUUAUUAUUUCAAAUGUCAAUAAAGUUUUGCUUAAAUAUA